AACCGCCACAAAACUUUACCAGAAGAAGACGACGGAGAGGUGGCUAGUGAGCUAGCCUAGCUGCAGGCUUUAUUUAGCGAGAUAUGGCUGCUGUGCUCCCCGUUAGACCGCCCUGCGAUAGCAACCCCGCUACUCCUGGAGCACAAUCCAUAAAGGAAGAUGUGAUAGAAGAGGAGUCCAAUGAUAGCAGUCAGCCUCCCAAGAGAAGGAGAAUGGGAUCAGGGGACAGCUCUCGAAGCUGCGACACCUCCAGUCAAGACCUUGGCCCGACAUAUUUCCCAGCAGAGAACCUGACGGAGUACAAGUGGCCUCCAGAUGACACAGGAGAGUAUUACAUGCUGCAGGAGCAGGUCAGCGAGUAUCUGGGAGUCACAUCCUUCAAGAGGAAGUACCCUGAUAUGGAGAGAAGAGACUUGUCCCACAAAGAGAAGCUUUACCUACGUGAACAGAACGUCAUUACUGAGACACAGUGUACCCUGGGUCUGACAGCUCUGCGGAGUGACGAGGUGAUAGAUCUAAUGAUAAAGGAGUAUCCCACCAAACACUCUGAGUAUUCUGUCAUACUGCAGGAGAGGGAGCGACAGAGAAUAGCUAAAGAGUACUCUCAAAUGCAGCAGCAGAACCCCCAGAAGGUGGAGGCCAGCAAGGUUCCUGAGUACAUUAAGAAGGCAGCGAAAAAAGCUGCAGAGUUCAAUAGUAACUUUAACAGGGAGCGUAUGGAGGAGAGGAGAGCUUACUUUGACCUCCAGACACAUAUUAUCCAGGUACCCCAGGGCAGGUUCAAGGUGCUGGCUCCAGAGCUGACGAGGACGGGCCCCUACCCUGUGGCUCUCAUACCAGGACAGUUCCAAGAGUACUACAAAAGGUACUCUCCCAAUGAACUGCGGUACUUGCCGUUGAACACGGCUCUGUUUGAGCCUCCACUGGACCCAGAGCUCCCUGCGCUGGACUCGGAACCUGACUCGGACGACGCCGAGGAUGGCAAGGAUGUCAAAAAGAACAAGAACUCAUCUGACAGUUCUUCAGGCAACGCAUCAGACGUGGAGAGCCAAGAGGGAGGAGGACACGGCCACAAAUCCAAGGGCAAAGACAGGACAUCCACCCCAGGAAAAGACGGCACCCAUCGCCAUUCUGCCUCCCACAAAGCCACCCCAGGGUACAAGCCUAAGGUCAUUCCCAAUGCUAUAUGUGGCAUUUGCCAGAAGGGUAAAGAGGCCAACAAGAAGGGCAAACCAGAGGCUCUCAUUCACUGCUCCCAAUGUGAUAACAGCGGCCACCCGUCCUGCUUGGACAUGAGCGAGACGCUUGUGGGUGUGAUCCAGACGUACCGCUGGCAGUGUAUGGAGUGUAAGACCUGCACCGUGUGCCAGCAGCCACACCAUGAGGACGAGAUGAUGUUCUGUGACAAGUGUGACAGAGGAUACCACACGUUCUGCGUGGGCAUGGACUCCAUACCUACUGGUCUUUGGGUUUGUGAGGUUUGUGACAAAGAUUUCUCUACACCCAAGAAGAAGGGAGGAGCCAAAACACCUAAGAAGUCCAAGUCGGCUAAAAAAUGAUCAACGGCAUCAUUAACCACAAAACUCUGACCAAAUUCAUGUGUUCAGUCGUUUGCAGAAGCUGUACAUUUUUAAAAUAUCAGAUCAUUGUGAUCCAAAUAGUGUAGCCUUCCUACCAAAUACCAUCAAUCCAAACAAAAGGUCUUAACCUGCUGUUACUCUUUAUUGAUUAAGUCUUUAAAUACACAGGCUAACACUAGAAAACAAAUGUAUUAAUCAUUUCUGUGAAUGCUUUGAUGACAUCAGUAAGAGCAGGCCUGUAAUUUAAAUCACAGUCAGUAAGGAAACUGUAUGUGAUUAUACCUUAAAUGUACUCAAAAACAGAUUUAGCAUUGACUGAACUCCAGAAACCACAAAAGUAACAAAAAUAAUGUUAACAGUUUAACUGUAAAUCAAAUCCAUCCACAUGUACUGCACUAAAUCAUUUAAUCUGCUAACCACUAACGAUAUCAGUGCAUCAUGAAAGCGAUGAAUCUUGUAGUUUCCGUCUCAUUUCUGCAGUGAUCAGUUGUUUGCUGGGGAAUUGUUUCAGUUGAACAAAUGGUGCUUUUGAUCUUGUACUACUGGAACGAUCAAUGUUAACUUCACUGAUGUAAUUCAAUGUUUUUUGUAUCUUAUAAACUGCAGUUGGUAUUUUGAACUAACAUGUAUUUAAUGAGGCAGGCCAGUAAAGAGCAAUCUUCUUCAAACAAAGUCUUCAAUAAUGACACGGUGAUGUGAUUCUGUGUAAUGAAAUGUAAUAGACGCUGGCUGUGGUAGACCUCGUGGCUGCAGCAGUUUUUCAGGUAUUUGUGUGAGUCUUGAUUACUGAAACAAAGUGUCUGACUGUACAUGUAUUGAUUUUGUUAUCAACCCUCCACGAUUAAUAAUUAUACCACUCACUGUAAUUACAUUGAAAUUAUACAUUCCUCAGCUAUGAUUAUCCAGCUGAUGGCUUUGCUGUUACCUUGAAAUAUGUUUUUUUUUUAUGUUAUUUUUGAAAGUAUUUUGUAAUGUACUUCAGUAAGCAGGUUUUUUAUGGAAUAUCUGUUGCUAUUGUCAUAGUCACUGAAUUAAGAAGUGUUUUGUUUUUUCAAUAAAAGCUACUUUAAAAAGA